AUGGCAAUGCUUGGUGGCGCCUGCAUUGAGCUUGCGACAUCGCUUUGGGCAUUCCGAUCGUGUUCAGGCCAUUUGUAUCGCGAACAAUCACUCCGCGUGAAUGCAGAAGGUGAAAGCCGUCUUAAGCAGGCACUCAAGAGUCGCGUCACCUGGAUAGCCGCUAUCUUCCUCUUCGGGUAUGUCGGAGCCGGCGGAGCGCUUGGAGGUUGGAUCGUUACCUUCAUGCGUCGGGAACGAGCAGGUGGAGAUUUCGAGUCUGGCAUUGUUGCGACCGGAUUCUGGACUGGCAUCGCUGCCGGCCGCCUUGUCUUGAGCUUCAUCACACCAAAGCUUGGCGAGAAGCUCGCUGUUCUGGUACGGUCAAGAUCGGAUUGCAACCUGCACAAGCUAAUUUCACGACAGAUAUACAUUGUUGUCGCCACCAUGUGUCAACUUAUGUUCUGGCUCGUUCCUUCCUUCCACGUAUCGGCCGUUUUCGUCGCACUACAAGGCUUCUCCCUCGGUCCGCUCUUUCCCGCUGUCAUCGUCGCAGCGACCAAAGCUCUUCCGCCACAUCUUCAUGUCUCUGCGAUAGGCUUUGCUGCUGCGAUAGGUGUUGGCGGAGGUGCUGCGCUACCCUUUGCUAUCGGAUCGCUUGCUCAAGCGAAAGGCCUUGGUGUCCUACAGCCCAUCAUUCUGGCUGUUCUCGCAGCUCUCUUGGUUCUGUGGCUGUGCUUUCCGAAAAUGGAAAAGAGAAAGACGGAAAGAGAGGUGCCACCGCUAUCGCCGGAAGAGCGAAGGAAGCGGUGGCUCAACGUUGAUAUUGAUCUUGUCGAGACCGUCAGACGCAUCGUGAUGAGGGCUUCGGGUGGCCAGAUGGUCGCAACUGCCUAG